AUGGCCUUGCUCCAAUUUAAACCCGCUCCUAUGUACAUCCUAGAUGAAAUUGAUGCCGCCCUCGACCUCUCUCACACUCAACAUAUCGGACAGCUCUUACGCACACGUUUCAAAGGCUCCCAAUUCAUCGUCGUAUCGCUGAAAGAAGGGUUGUUUACGAAUGCGAACGUGCUUUUCCGAGCGCGUUUCCGAGACGGCACAUCUAUCGUUGAGCGAACGGCGCAGCGGUCUUCUUCGUCGUUAUAUGGUGGAGAUAGGAAUAAUGAAGAGGAUGGACAGGGAGGACGACGGGGGCGGCGGACGGCUGUUGCAUAG